AAUGUUUCGCAUCUCUCUUUCGCGUGUUACAACUCUUGUGUAUAUUACCUUUGGUUCGGCAGUCCCAAUGGGACACAUUCUCGCUUCUUAAGACCUGUUCUAUCAUCAACGCGCCUGCUGAUGCUUGCGCUUCGUCCACCGCGAUGCCUUCUCCACUCCUUACGAUAUACGCAGACACGAACAUUACGAACAUUACCACGAGACAUACCGACGUACAUCAAACGAUGGGAUCCCACUCUUCACCGACCGAUUCCACCUUCAAAGGUGUUGACUAAGCUGGAAGAAACUCGAGAAGCUGCACCUGACGAUGCCUCACAACGAGUGGAGCGAGACGUGCUUCGCGACACGCAAACCUUCGACAGCUCACAUAGAGAGGGGGACCUUUCGUGCCAGAAGGAUACCAGUCGCCUAACUCGUUUAUUGCGCCUCGCCCGCGACGACCCGGAUGUUGGCCUAAACGGAACCUUCCGCGCAUCGCUAUGGGGAGCUUACACGCUGGCAAAGGCCUCAGAUCCUAAAGUCAUAGGUCGCCUAUCAGACCGUGCUCGUGAUUCUCUGUGGACAACACAGUAUCUAGAAUCUCCUGCCAACCGGAGUUGCAGGGCGCAUCUCGAGCAGCUCUACCUCGAUAUGAAGCAGGUCGGAAAGCCGAUGACAGUCGGGCAAAGGGCCCAAUAUCUAGAGAGCAUGUUCCUCGGUGGGGAAGAAGAGCAGGCUUUGGAAAAGUGGGAAGCGGAUCACAACCCACCUACUGAUGGCGGGCGACAGGACUACAAGCCGGAACAUCUGGAAGCGGGCGCCAAGCUACAUGCACUCGCUGGUAACGUGGAUCGAGCACGCCAUAUCAUGGAAGAAUUAUACACACGAUACCCCGAUUGGAAUCUGUCCGUCAUGAUGACCGUCUUUCGCGCGCAUACUAGUUCGGGAAUGGAGCAGCACCACGAGUCCGCGAAGGACAUGUACAUCGAGAUGAAGGAAAAGAAGGGUGCCAACGUGUCCAUUAACGACUACAAUGCUUGGUUUAUCGGCUUCCUAGAAGCGCGACACUUGCCCUACGCAAAGCAGUUAUUCCGAGACAUGGUCCAAGACGGCCAUCUUACCACUCUCGGUACGGCAGAACAGGUCGAAGAAGUGCUCAAGAGACUUCACAUGCUAUACCGAUUAGGCACCGACAUCUCCAAUAUGACUAGUAUUGCUCUCGAUGCGCUAUCUGUGCUGCCGGAGGCCUAUCAUGGCCAUUUGUUUGGAGACUGGAUGAAGUCUGCUGUACUUCACAAGGCGCCUGAGGCAGCCGCUCAAAUCUUGGAUAUGAUGUUUCAGCGAGGCUACAAUCCCGAGACAUUCCACUUCAACAUGCUGCUAAAAGCACUUUUGCGUACCAAGGAGAACCCGAAUAUCUUGAAGGCGGAAAACAUCGGCUGGCGCAUGAUUGACGAGGCUCGAAAGAGUACCAAGAAAAAUCUCCCGUCAGAUUCCAAGGCCGAGUUCAUAAACAAGAGACGCAUACACAAGAUUGUGCCCGUCCCCGAAGCCUCGAGAACAGUCCCCAAAGCCAACGUAGCGACGUUCGCCCUGAUCAUGCACCACCAUGCCAAGAAUCUCCAGUGGGAACACGUCGACUACCUCUCCCGACAGCUCAAGGAAACUACUGUGGAACCCAAUGCGACGAUUAUGAACGUCCUCAUGGACAACAAGUGCCGACAGGGCGCCUACGCCGAAGCAUGGAUGAUCUACAAGACGCUCACUGAACCGCAAAAAGGCAGUAAAGGCGUCUUCCCCAACGGCGCCAGUAUCCGCUGUCUAUGGAAGAUGCUACGUCUCGCACUCGGCGACCACAUCACGCGCGAUGACGCCAACCUCCCCACGCCGCGCGAGCUGUUGGAAGAAACGGUAACCUGGUUGGUACUCAGCCGCAGCCGCUACGACGCUGAGCGAUUCCGCACAGGCCUAGCGGGCGCAGACCACGGCGCCAUCACAGCGCUGAUGAUGCAUUGUUUCAGCUACGUGCAAGACCUCCCCGGCAGCCUGGUCGCGCUACACGUUCUGCGCCAUAAAUUCGACAUCUUCCCCACUGACAAGGCGGCGCAGAUACUUCAGCGCCAAAUGGCGUGGGUCGACAUGGCGCGCGAGUCGGAGUCCGUCCGUUCCCAGUAUUCCCAUAGCCGCAACAACAAGAGGAAUAAUAUCCGCAUAGCGAAAGUUUAUGACACGCUGCUCAACCGGAGGCUCGAUAGGAUGAAUCUUUCCAGCGAGGAGUACGCCGCGUUGAGCGAUGAACAAAUCGGCGACGUGGGCUUGGAUUUACUCUCUGAGUUUGUCCGCGUGGUGCUCAAGAGGAGUUAUCCACCAGAAGUGGUCGAGGCCAUGAUCCAGGCUGCGAAGAACGAUAUUGGGCUUCCCGAGCUGCGCACGGGAGAUAUGGAUGCCUUUGAGGUUGCGUGAGGGUGUUUGCAUUUUGUUCGCGUCUAACAAUUCAACUGUAUAGAACAAUUGUAUUAUACUGCUAAGAUCAUUUCAAGAAUAUCAACUGUGUGACAAU